CGAGUUGCGUCUGGCUUAUGGCCCUAUGGUUUAAUGUACGAAUUAAUGCAAUAAUGAUGGGAUUGGCGUUGUGGAAUUUGGAUGGAUUUGGCAACCAAAAAACAUAAUGGAAAACAAUCUAGCAUCACACGCUUGCACCUUUUUUCUUUCUUCCCCUUUGUGUUUGCUAGCGAUGUCUCGAUUAUAAAAAUAUGGAAAUUAUUCAGUUUUAGGGACAGGCGGUCACGGUUGGCUCUCGUGAUGUUUCAAUUCUUACCCACGCCCCCCCUUUACUUGGGGGGAGGGGUUGGGGGGGGCAAGACGGACGCCUUGUACAUGACUGCAGUACUGCAGCAUUCUAACCACCUUAGUCAUUCAUGAAAUUCGAGGCAAAUGCAGGGUUUGUACCAUAAGACUGUAUAAGUCGCAACAUUGGCAGCAAGAGAGACAACUAGCCAAAGCAGAGUGGUCUAUCAUGCACUGUAGGUAAGCAGGUAGCAGAGUACAUACAAAACUCAAAGUUCCAGUGAC